AUGUUGAACUUCGUUCCUUUAUUAUUCGAUAACAUAUCCGCCGAGCUAAAAUUUCACGCUCGUGAAUUACUUUCAAAGUGUUUCAACAAUAUCAGACCAGAGAACACCCGAGGCCCACUAUUCGGUCUUGUCUUCGUUACUGUUUGUUCGUCCCAUGCGGUCAAGGGAAUAAAUCAUCUCGAGAAAUACAAGUAUGCAAACCAUUUUGGUAUGAAGUAG